AGCAAAAUAAAAACAUCGCGGGUGAGAGUGAGGAUCAGAAGUAGACCAAAAGCGAGGGGGAAAGCGAGAGAGGGAUCAUCCACUGCGUUUGGCUGGCAUCAGAUAUUUUUUAUAAUCUGGGAAGAAAUUUUCAGAACAAAAUGAGGGUGGGGAGGGGGUAAAUCAUGAUGUCCUUAAACAGCUCGAGGACUUGUUGACCUCAGAGAGUCCCAGCAGGGAAAAGAAAAAAACACCAGUACUUGGGAAGAUAUUUUUUCCCAUUCUGUGACCUUCAUACACAAGGGCUAGCCUUCAGCAUUGUAUCAGUGACUCAGCACAGGAGAACAUCAUGAUUUCUACUGCUCUCCAUUGGCUUAUUCUGGUGUCAUUCGUCAUCUUAACCAUUAGUGGGAACGUACUGGUAUGUUUGGCCGUGGGCCUCAGCCGCCGACUGUGGCGCAUCGCUAACUGCUUUGUGGUGUCACUGGCGGUGACAGAUCUCCUGUUGGGCCUGCGGGUGCUGCCCUUUUCCGCCACUCUGGAGUUACGUAGUGGCAAGUGGCCCCUCGGAGGCACCAUGUGUAACAUCUAUGUCUCGUUGGAUGUCAUGCUGUGCGCUGCCUCCAUCCUGAGCUUGUUGGCUAUCAGCGUGGACCGAUAUCUCGCCAUCUCAGCACCCCUCAGUUACUCAUCGAGAAUCACACCUCCGAGGGUGACCUUGGCCAUCAUGGCCAUCUGGGCCUUGUCGCUGGCUGUGUCUUUUGUGCCCAUUCACUUAGGAUGGAAUACAGCGGACUACAGAGUGCAGCACUUGGACUGGCCCAUGGGGCAAGACCACAAGGAGGGACGCUAUUGCCAAUUUGAAUGGAAUAACAACUACAUUAUUUUGUAUGUCAUGUGCUCAUUUUACCUUCCUCUGAUGGUUAUGUGUGCAAUGUACCUCUGCAUAUUCAGAGUGGCACGCCAACAGGUGCAACGAAUCCGUGCAGCCACGCCCUCUUUCGCCCGCAUGCCAUCAACGGCUGCCAUAGCAAAAGAGCACAAAGCUACCAUAACACUUGCUGCUGUGCUCGGGGCCUUUGUCAUCUGCUGGUUCCCCUACUUCACCUUCUUCACCCGAACAGGAAUCAAGGAACAGAUGAACCCCCCGACUACACUUCACUCGGUACUGCUGUGGCUGGGCUACUUCAACUCCGUCCUGAAUCCCAUCCUAUAUCCCGCUUUGAAUAGGGACUUUAGAAAGGCCUAUGCAGAGCUGCUAUUCUGCAGGGGAUCAUCACGCAGAAAACUGAAAGUGCACAAAAGAUCAACCCUCUCGAAUGGACUAAGACAUUCCCAAGUGUCUCAUGACACGGUUUAACAAACAGAGAUGAAUAACUUGAAUACACAGAAGUGCAACACACCCAUUGAAAACAACAGCAAAGACAACAGGAAUUAAUUGCUAACUGUAUUUGUUUCCAAAGCAGUCUACUUGGAGACAUGAGCAGUUCAAAGUUUGAUCUCUUCUGGACCCUGUCGGUGAAAGUGAAUGAGUGGCCAACAAGUUGUUUUCAUGUGUGGUAUUCAAGUGCUUGACUUCACAGAGAUCCAAUGAGUAAAGGGGUGAACUGCAGAUCACAAGUAGAUAGGCAUUUAAUGAUUUAUUCACCACCACGUUUAGUAACCGAAUCAUCCAUAUUUGUUCAUAUUUGUCCGCUAGAUGGCAGUAAAAGAGUGUAACCCUGAGUAAAAGAUGUUAUUUGUCUCUUCCACUUUUGAAUGAUGCCUUCAGCAAAACAUUUUAAAAAAUU